GCAGUGCCCUGGGCCACAUUUGGCUAAUCAUCUGUUAUAGUCUGGCUGUCCUGCCCCUGUACUGUUUCAUCAGUUAUAAAAGUGGAAAAUUAUGUGAAGCUCUGUUACCUUUCUGUGCCAUUAUAUGAUUUACUAUUUUUGAUAUUGUACAGCACUCUAGAUUAUAUUUGUGCUUUUGUAACUUAAUGCAGACAGUAGAAUUUUUCAAAGCCAAUAGAUCACUUAAUUACCCCUCAUAAAAGCAAAUACUUGGUGGCCAGGGUUAAUACAUUGUUUAAGCGCUUUGCGACUGAUAAGACUUUGUGUAUAUUUAACCAAACGCCCCACCUAAGUGUAAGUAAAUAGCCAGUAAUGAGCUGGUCCUGCACACAAUAAUAUUCUAUGCACAGAUGAAUGGUGGCGGCUGGUACAUCCCAGUAUCCCCACUCCCCCUCCCGUUCCACAAUACAAUGACAGCAUCACCUUUCUAACAGUGUUUUUGGGGAGCGGACUACAAACCCCGCCAUGCUUUGCUUUUUCUGGAGGGGGAAAAUGACUUCUCACAGCCAGUGUUUCAUGGCUAUGUAUGUUUAAAAAUAAAUAAAUAAAUAAAAAAUUAGAAAAAAAGAAGGGGAUCGCGUAUGUUCUCCACUCCGAGGUGCCGCCAAGCUCAGUGUGCGCUGUGCGAUUACCCGUGGGCGGUGGAAAGGACUCUCCGUAAUGCAGAUGGGAGUUACCAGGAAGUCCAGUGGCCAUCUUGGAUCCCAUUGAGAGCCUCAGUGUUAGGAUUAGUGCAUCCAUUCAGAGGAGGACAGACGCUCGGAUAUCGCUGCGCUCAUCCAGGCCACCAUGGCUGCUACUGAUGUAGAACGGGUUUCGAAUGAAGAGAAACGAAGCCUUGCAAUGACUGGCCAUGUGGGAUUUGAUAGCCUUCCGGACCAGCUUGUUAGUAAAUCUGUCACACAAGGUUUCUGCUUCAACAUUCUCUGUGUGGGUGAAACGGGCAUUGGAAAGUCCACGCUAAUGAACACUUUGUUUAAUACAACAUUCGAGACAGAAGAAGCCAGCCAUUACGAGAAUGGCGUUCGCUUACGACCGCGCACAUAUGACCUACAAGAGAGCAACGUGCAUCUAAAGCUGACAAUAGUUGAUACAGUUGGAUUUGGGGAUCAGAUCAACAAAGAUGACAGUUACAGGUCAGUUGUUGACUACAUUGAUACUCAGUUUGAAAAUUAUUUGCAAGAAGAGCUGAAGAUCCGCCGUUCUCUUUUCAACUACCAUGACUCCAGGAUACACGUCUGCCUUUACUUCAUCACGCCCACUGGGCACUCUCUAAAGUCACUAGAUCUGGUCACCAUGAAGAAGCUGGACAGUAAGGUUAAUAUCAUUCCCAUUAUAGCCAAGGCUGACACCAUUUCCAAGAGCGAACUGCACAAGUUCAAAAUCAAGAUCAUGAGUGAACUGGUCAGCAAUGGAGUCCAGAUCUACCAGUUCCCUACAGAUGAUGAUGCAGUGGCAGAGAUCAACUCUGUAAUGAAUGCUCACCUGCCAUUCGCUGUAGUUGGGAGCACAGAGGAGGUGAAAGUAGGAAAUAAACUUGUGAGAGCCAGGCAGUAUCCAUGGGGAGUAGUACAAGUUGAAAACGAGAGCCACUGUGAUUUUGUGAAACUGAGGGAGAUGCUGAUUCGGGUUAACAUGGAAGAUCUGAGAGAGCAGACGCACACCCGGCAUUAUGAGCUGUACAGGCGGUGCAAGCUGGAAGAGAUGGGCUUCAAGGACAAUGAUCCUGACACACAGCCAUUCAGCCUUCAAGAGACUUAUGAAGCCAAAAGAAAAGAGUUCUUAGGCGAGUUACAGAGAAAGGAGGAGGAAAUGCGGCAGAUGUUUGUAAAUAAGGUCAAGGAAACAGAAGCAGAAUUAAAAGAUAAGGAACGGGAGCUGCAGGAAAAGUUCAUGCAACUAAAGAGGGUACACCAAGAAGAGUCGAAGAAGGUGGAAGAUAAAAGGAGAGACUUAGAGGAAGAAAUGAAUUCCUUCAACAGACGGAAAGCCGCCAUGGAAGCUCUCCAGUCCCAGUCAUUCCAGGCCACCUCUCAGCAACCUCUGAAGAAAGACAAAGAUCGGAAAAACUCAGUAAUAGCAGGGACCCAAUCAGCAGUUAGCUUCUCCAGCUCCAAGGUAAUGAUUGCCAAAGCCAAUGUGGAGUCUUUGCACUGCAAUAACUGGUGGAACCCCGUGCAGUGCUGCAGCUGUCUGGUCAAGAGCGCGCCGUGGCAGGAGGGAUUUAUCUGAGGAGGCCACAGAAAAGGUGGUUGCAGGUCGGACAUUAACGUGACAUGGGACCGCAGGAAGAGAACAAACAUCAACAUCCUUCGGUCAAUUGUCUCCAUCUUUUCAUUUUCUUGACCAAAAUAUAGCAAACAAAAUACAGAUCACUCCAGGAAGCCUGAACUACAGCAAUGUCUUUCCAUGCGUCAGUCCAUAUUGUUAUUAAACCAUCAGCCUUUCAAGCUUCUACUGAAUGUAAAGGAGACCUGUGCUCUCCAAACACCACUGACCUUGACUGAUUUCUAGUUCCUCUCUCCACCACUACUUGGGUCAUCCCUGUUUCUAUGUUCCACAUACCCAGAACCAGAGGCUCCAAAUCUCAAUGAAAUGAGCAUUGUCCUUCAGAAUCAUAUUUCUGCAAAUACAUGGAGGAAUUAUGUCACAGACCAUUUACAUUUCCUAUUUAUUUAUCUAAAAUCCCAAGGACUCCCUAGAACUGUGGUUUGUGCAUGUCUGAGUGAAAUCAUUAUGACUUCAGUACAUCAGCAACCGAUUUCAUAUCCCAAGGACAAAUACAUUUACAAAUAAGGUGGACGUUUUGUCUGUGGCAAUAAUUCUUCUAAACAGAAAUGACCAAAAAAAAAAACCCAAAAAGAAAUGAGUUGUGUUGAGUAGCGGGCAUUGCAUUGUAGCCUAAGACAAUCAUUUAGGAAGGACACAGAAAUCCAUUUAGAACAACAACAAAAUAAUGGUGUUUUUGCCAUAGAUAUCUCCUUUUUAAACAUGCAAUUUCCAAAGUAUAUUUCGAUACAAUGAAGAUAUUCGUACGAUACAGGGAAAUAAUACCAGCGAGCACUAGAAAAUAAAGCAACUGGAUGCAUUUUGAUAGACCAAAACAUUGGUUUAACCAUGUAACUUUGCCACAGGGUAGACAUGAAGCUGUUGGGUUUAGAAAAUUAAUCAGAUUCUAUUUAUAUAGAACUUACAAGUAAGGACCUCGUGGACUGACUGGCAAAGGAGGUCUCACUAUGGCAGGGUUCGUUUGAUGUUUUGGCUUAUGCCAUUGUGUUUGGAGAAUCAGCUAGGUCCGUGGUAACCAACUUUUUCAAUUUAGCUGGCAGGCCCAGGAUGGCAAUCUGUGGGUUCUGGAAAAUACCAGAGGGGCUGCUGUAAGAUGCCACAGACAGCCACUAUUUAUUGGGCUGGGGGGGGGGGCUGUUUGGGCCUCUGUGUAAAAAAUGCCAGGGCCUGUUUUCUUUCCCAGUAUAGAACUGGUAGUGGGCUUAUUACACAUGUUAAGAGCUGGAUUGAGUGAUAAUGUGAUAGAAAGAAUCCUUUAGGGCCAUAACCUGUUGGGCUUUAGAUGGACGGCUCUCAGCUAGACCAUCAGUGAUACAUGUAAAGAUAAAAGCCAUUUUAAACAUCAGUACACAUAAUGCAGGAGGCUCAGGUCUUUGCGAGCAAAUUUGUACAAAUGUAAAACUUGCAGCACCACAAAGCUUUUGCCUUAACUGCCCAACAUUCCCUUCUCUGCUUGGAUACGCCAGUGCUGAAUGGAUUAUACUUUAGCCUUCCAAACACAAAGGUGAUAUUCCAAGUGCCGGAGCAUUAUGUACAGACAGAGCCAGCUUCUGUGUGUACAUUUUACAAAACCCAGAAUGCUUACUAUGUACAGUGUUAUGUGAAUGGAACCAGAAAAAAAUAUUUUUGCAACAUACGAAAUCUCCUCAUAAAGGGUUUUUAAGUGAAAAAUCUAGAUUUAUUUAAAAAAAAAUGAAAUAAAAUACGAAAAUGAAACAAAUGUCACUUUUCUACCCAAGGGAUUUAGCGGUCUGGAAGCAGUUGAUGUAAGAUGAGACUUGAGAAGCAAUUGCAGUUGUGCAUAGGUGUUUUUAUUUUUUUAAUCUUUAUUUAGCAACAUGUACCUGUCAGUAGCAUACUAACCCAGUGAUUAGGAAUUGCACAGGCGGGGCAGAGAACAAUUCUCUCCCUUCUUAAGAUCUCUGUGGUGGAACACAUGCACCCAUUUUGCACUGCAAACUUCUUGACUGACAGUAUUCUCUGUAAUGAAUCCAACAGAAUAAAACUGAGCCAAAAUCCUUA